CGCCGUCAAGAGCGUACCAGUCAGUUGCUUUCCGGCAAAUCGCGCCACCACUUCAGUCUGCUGAGACGAUGCCCGACCACUAGAAUCUCUCUCCUACGGUGCGAAUUUGCUUCUCCUCAGCCGUCUCCGCGGCAAUGGCGGUCAAUUCUCGCGAGCAGGAAAGAGCUUGCUUCCCAUUGAUUGCAGAUGCAAGCCGCAGUCUUCCCAUUGGUUGUCAGUGCUUCCACGCACUAGAUUCGAUUAUUGAGGAAGACAGCCAACACUGUCAGCUCGGUCUGUACCCACUCUUCCUUGACGAGGCUUCUCUUCCGAUGAAAUUAAACUGCCCCAUUCACCAUUCACAAGCAUUGGACAAUGAUGUCUAUAGCAUUUCCCUGUUGCCUGAUGAAGACGAUAUGAGUGCACAGUGUGGAUCAAAGCUAGCAGUCCUUGGCUUACUAGAAGUUGAAGAUCCAUGUGAAAACCAGACAUGCUUUGAUGCCCACGCAAAUUGUGAAGAAUGCAUUGACUUUCAAAAGGAAAGCUUCGAAGCUUAUUCGCAGUGUGUCAUAGAUAUAGAUAUCAAGAAAGAAACUGUGGAAGAAUCUAAACCCCACGAGGAAUCUCAUGGGAACAAAAACAGCGCUAGUUUGCUUGCUAACACUCCAAAGGUCUUGCAGAGACAAGUGAGCUUGAAGACAGGCGAAAAGUUAGCUCAACUACUAAUGGAUCACAGUGCAAUGUUUCUGAAGCUCCCUAGUAAAGAAAAGCCAGUUAUAGAAAAAUUUCAUGAUUCAUCAAACAACAGAUGGAGGAGAUACAAGCGUGCUGCCUCAUUUGAUUCCAGGAAAAUUGUCAUCUUCUUUUCCAUCUUGUCAAGCUUUGGGACAUUGGUACUCAUUUAUCUAACGCUCAGAGUUAGGCACAAUGGUAUUGGGUUCGAGCACAGCUUGUAACAGUUUGAUGCUAUUAUGUUAUGUUUAGAAUUGGUUGUUGUAGAUCUUUCUUUCCUCUUUCUUUCCAGUGUGAGUGUUACUAGGCUUGUGUGUACAUAGAUGAUUCUGCUCAACUGCUUUGAACUUGGAUCGCUUGUUAAUGCUUACUGUGAUAAAAUGUCGGCAAAAGAUAUUCUUAUCAUG